AUGGGCCUCCUGGGGAUCUCCCUCAUCGUCGCGUCUGUCGUCCUCUUCUGCCUGCGACCUCCGGCAUGGCUACCGCGCUUCUUCGGCGCAGGCCAGCAACCCCGGCUGGAUCCGCCUCCCAGCCAGGCGCCCCAAAACCGCGACAACGAGAAAGACGGGGCCGCCGAGGCUAGCGGAGUGCGGAAAGCCGAGGCGACAGGCAAGAACAAGACUGCCCUGAACGACGAGGAUGGCGACAGCACUCCCAAGGCGUCAGCAGCGGAACGCAACGAUCCCGUUCCCACAUUCACGCUCUCGGGACUUGACGAUGAUCAACCCAGCAGCAAUGCCCCACGCCCGACCCCGAUCGCAGCACCCAGACCGACACCCGGGCUCAUGGCCCCUCCCCCCCGACCUCCAACCCGCAACCACAUCCCAGCCAGAAACCCAUACGCGCCCCCCUCGCGCCCCUCCCCCCUCCCGAACCGCGCCCCAGGAACCUCAACCCUCCCCCUCCCCCGGUCCGCGCCCUCCUCAUCCCUCGCCCCACCCCCAACCCACACCACCAAGCCCGCCAAGCCCUCGCGCGCCGUCGUCCUAUCACCAGGCCAUUCCCCGCUAGACUGGGCUCGCCUGUCCUCGCACCCGGGCGCAGACCUCCGCGGCCUGGGCCCCAACGCGCCGUACCAGCGCGUGACCCCCUCGGCGCUGCGGGCGCACAACGGGCGCCGGGGGCGGGACGCGUGGACAGUUCUGGGCGGGCGCGUCUAUAACGUCACGCCGUACGUGCCGUUCCACCCGGGCGGGGGCCCCGAGCUGCUCCGCGGGGCGGGGAAGGACGGCACGCGGUUGUUUGGGGAGGUGCAUCCGUGGGUUAACUAUGAGGGCAUGCUGGCUUCGUGCCUGGUGGGGAUACUGGUUGGUGAGGAGGAGGAGGCUGGUGGGGGGGAGAUGGAGGAGAUGGAUUGA